ACUUGUGCUUGGACGAGGAGAAAUUGUUUUGCACUUUGUUUCCACUGGUUUCUCAAUUCGGUUCUGCUCCGUCCAGGCUACCGCAUGCAUAGAUAUAACUUUCACGAACAGGCCAGCUCGUGCUUAUUAUGUCCGACUGCGUUCAGUCGACCGCUUCACGGUCGUCUCUCAGUACAUCCUUCUCCAUGCCUGUCUCCUUCUCUGAACAUCCAAGGGCCAGUACCGCACGCCUUGUACGCUCCAAUUCAUCCAAGCAUGCUCGUGGAGGAAGUUUGGGUUUGAUUGACGCUGCCCGUGUGAGGUUCACCAAAGAUUUACCUUCACUCCUUCGUGCUAGUAGCAAGUCUCGCCACCCAAAGUCUCGGUUGUCCUCCCAGGUUCAAGUGUCUGAAAUAGAUAUCUCAGUUCAUUCGGAUUAUGCGAAGCGCUACCGCCCAGAUCCUACACAUUCUGUGAUCGACCCAAUGGACAAUCCUAUAGUCAAUAAUGAGAGACAGGGUAGGAGCCUUGGAAGUAGGAUCGUGAAUUUCUUGAGCCGUUCGCGGUCUCGAUCGCGUUCCAAGAAACGACGAUCACGAUCACUCGAUGUUCCGCCAGUUACUGACUUGCCAGUGUUGCCUGUAAAGACGGGAUCCUUUGGCCGGCAUACGCGACAUUCCGGUCUGCAAGAUGAAGAACCAUCGCCGUCGACCUCAACGUCGAAACCCUCGACACGAUCUCAGUCCCGCCCGCUGUCAUCUACCACCACUGCUACUGACACGACCAUCAAACCACGUCAAAAGGAUAAGGACUUACCGGCAAUACCCCCAAAGCGAUCAUAUACCCAUGCUAACCCCACACAUCUCUUGGCUCCCCAACCCCGACCAUCUGCGAUGGUACAUAUCUUGAACUCGCCUCCUUUUCCUCGAGGUGAAUACGCACGAGACGGCGUUGAUGCUCCGGACUCCGGUGACUACGGCGGUCGAUGUUCGCCACUAUGUUUACCUCCUAGAUUUACACCACCUGGCGCCAGAAAUAAGGGUAAAGAAAAAGAACGAGAACGAGAACGAGCUUCGAAAGGACGGGAACGCGACGGAAGUCGCGAUACUGCAAAAGACAAGGACAGAGACAGGAUCACUGCUCCUCGUCGAGUAGGCUCGCCUAUACUUCGAGAACGAGAGCGAGAAUCUCGAUCAGCGAUCGGAACCGUUCCAAUGGAGAAAGUUGCCAGUGGAAGUGGGAAUAGUCGCAGAAGCUCCGGGCGAGAAUCAGUAGCGGCGAAUGCAAUUUCAGUCUCAAAGGUGAAACGUACCAAGCAUGGAAGCUUCGACUUCGAAAGACCUAUUUCUUCCCCUAAGGUGGACGGUAACUUCAGUGUGAAGACAGCGCUGAGGGGUAUGGGGAUUGGUGCUGAAACUCGUGCACCUAGCGCGAUACCAAUGAUGAGAAGCACCAGUCUGAAAGCAACCCCACGAUCACCUUCAGGUUACGGGAAUGGUCAUGCCAAAUCCUCAUCAGGUGGCGCUGGGGCUAAGCCCAGACCUGCACCCGAUUCUUUAGGGAGAACGAAGAAACCACAGUUGGAUGUACAUACAACUUCCUCAUCUAAACCUAGUAGACGAGGAACAAAUGAUUCUGGUGGUGGAUCCUCUCAUGCUUCGCAUUCUGCUCCCGGUCCUCGGAUACACUUCACUCCAUCGGACGCAGAUCCAGCAUCACCAACGUCAUCUCAAUCAGGCCAUUCGUCUAGCUGGGGCAAGAGCGGAGGAAAACAGAUUCUUCGUAGUUCGCAUGGUGCAUUCAAAUUUGAGCCUGCCGUGCCUAUGAUCCCGGGUUCACCUGCUUCAGAUGAGCGGAAAUCUGCUGCCCGUGGAGGACCUGGUCCAUCCAAUCUUAGCAACCCUCCAACUCCAACUAAAGCCCUACCGCAACGUCCUUCAACUAAAGGCCGUUCCCUUGAUCUAGGCUUGGGCCUUUCGUGGGCGCCAUCGAGAGUGAGGGAAGAGGCGAUGUUGCCGAGGAGUCAUGUGGGGGUGAGCGCGAGUACGAGCAAAGCAAGAGCAAGGUAUAGAGGUACAUGGGUUGAUCAGGAUGCUCGCCAUGAGUUUGGAGUUGGGUCCAGAGCAGAGCCUAUUGGAUCGGAGGUUGCGCAUGCAUUUAAGGACGCACUUGGAGAUGCUGCAUAUUCCAUAUUCAAGAUGUUUGUCCACCGCUUCGACGCUCAUGCAAUACCACUGGAAGGUCCCUAUGGAUUGAUAUACCAUGCACACCGCUUGCUGGAUGAAGCGAAUACCCUGGACGAGAGGAAUAAACAGCUGCUGAUGGAUAAGUUCGUACGUAUGUUUCCGUUGUUGAUCGUCCUUCAUCUAUCGUCAUCUUCAUGCCGAUUUACUGUAGUGUUCUAAUGCACCCACUCAUAUCUUACAUCUUUUGCAUUCAAUCUCAUGUUCACCUUACUCACAUUCUUUAUUUCUAACUCUUGUAUUCUUGGACUGUUUGGAAUUUCUUGUAGUUCAUCUUGGAUCUCUCACUCACCCUGUACCCUCUUUGCGUCUUUCAUAUCCUCACAUUCCUACACUCUAUACCGGUAUAAUACUGCUUGUCAUCCCAAGAAACCUGAUUGUACAAUCUUUGUAACUGCUUGAACAUAAGACACUUUGACUUCAUUCU